AUGGAGCCGUUGCCAUCUUGGCCGCAGUCGAAACGAGGAGGACCUCGCUGGCACUGGUGGCAUCGUGUCUGUAUGGAAUGUGAUGACUUCAUCAACGACCCUUGUGAUGACCCUUGUUCACAUUGGUACCCUGAGUCGCAAAGGCUGACAAUUGGCGGGGAGUGGUUGAGAUGCUGCCAAAUCGGAUACGAAGAAGCUUUAGAUGUUCUCUAUGGGACAAAUAACUUUGUGAUGGACAAUGCUAUGGAUACUCCUUUUCUCAUAUCAAGGAUUUUGGCACCGCGAUGUGCCUCUUUUAUGACGUCUAUGGAAAUCUCGUUUGCUGUUAAUAUAUGCAAAGCUGGGCCAGACGAGGAUGAUUGGAUGAGAACAUAUGCCGCGUUCUUCGGAUUGUUCGAGCAGAGUUUCCGUGGUGUACAUCGACUACGCCUACAACUUAAAAUGCCACCGAGCGAAAUUGGCGAGAUCUUCUUUGACGACGAGAGGCUGAGGACGUUCCUUAAGCCGUUUGACAGACUAUCAAAGGGUCGAGAGUGGACAAGACUGCAGCUUUGCGUUCCGGAUUACUAUUUCCAAAGAAUCAAACAAAUAAAGCCUGGUCAAGAUAGGUGGGAGCUUACAGAUACUAUGUGGGGUGACCAAUCAUUGUAUCCUGUAUGCCUUGCGUUUGGUUUGUAG